GACUCUAGCAGUGUCUGGAGGUGCGAUGGACGCUUAUACAACCCCAGAGUACUUUCACUGUGUCUUAGAUUCACCCUUUCAAGGGAAUGUGUACGAGCCCGAGGCGGACACCUUUCUUUUUCUCGAUGCACUCGAUCAGCAAAGAUCAUACUUAUCGAGGCUUCUAUCGGGGAAGGAAGACUGCCGUAUUGUUGAAGUAGGCUGUGGAUCUGGUGUAGUCAUUACUCACCUGUUCGCUCUUCUGCAAGACAUAGACUCCCUCAACACUUUCGGCGUUGAGGACUCAAGACACGAUGAAAAGUGGAGUUCCUCUGUUGUCGUACAUUGUUGCAGAAAAGAGUGCUCUGGUCGAACGCCUCUUCAUGGCAAACGAUUUUACGCGAUAGAUGUGAAUCCACUGGCACUCCAGGCGACCGCGCUUACAUGGCAGAAGACUAUAAAAAAAUACUUUUGGGGCGAAAUCGAGAAGCUUCUGGUUCAGAACCACACAUCUCAGGACGGCUCCAGCGUGGGAGUACCACCCCCUGAUCCGAAUGCUGUCGAUUUGUGUGCGUACCCUUCAAAGUUGGAGGGAGUGGAGGACGGGUCCCUCUCCAUUGAGGCUGUCGCAGAAGAAACCCACACAGAUAACGAGGGACGAAUCGAGACUCCUCUGCGAAAAUUCCAAACACUGUGGCCUUUCACGCUUUCUCUACUAAGGGGCGAUCUCCUGCAUGCUUUCGAUGAUCUCCAGGGGCUUUGUAGGGUUGACUCCUGUGAUGUCAUUUUGUUCAACCCACCCUAUGUGCCCACCUCCACAGAGGAGCUUGAGCAAGCACUCACACGAAAGGACCUCAUCACCUCGGCGUGGUGCGGCGGGGAACGCGGGCGAGUCGUGCUGGAUCGCUUCAUUGAAAUGCUACCUCGCUAUCUAUCCCGGAGCGGAUGUUGUUAUAUAGUUCUCAUCAAGGAGAAUGAUAUCCCUGAUGUCUAUCGAAAGAUUCAACUUGAGUUUCGCCGAUAUUUUAAUUCCGAGACGAAGAUGGGUGAAGCCAGCGGGAUCUUGGAUGACCAACCAGAGGAAGACUAUGAUCACGAAAUGGAUCUCAUGCAAGUGGUUUGCUGCGCUGAGCGGUACACAGGCGAGUAUCUUUCGAUUCACCGUAUUUCGUAUAAAGAGAACCCUUAGCUUUAUUGACUCUACCUUUUUACUGGAUCAAUGAUGAACUGAUACUCAAAGGUCGAAAUAAACGACGGAUCUCCAGGGCAUGCAUUCGGAAAAGUAAUAACUUAA